UCCAUAUCAUGUGAUUCAGGUGUUCCAAUCCCCUCCAUAUCAUGUGAUUCAGGUGUUCCAAUCCCCUCCCAAUCAUGUGAUUCAGGUGUUCCAAUCCCCUCCAUAUCAUGUGAUUCAGGUGUUCCAAUCCUCUCCAUAUCAUGUGAUUCAGGUGUUCCAAUCCCCUCCAUAUCAUGUGAUUCAGGUGUUCCAAUCCCCUCCCAGUCAUGUGAUUCAGGUGUUCCAAUCCCUCCAUAUCAUGUGAUUCAGGUGUUCCAAUCCCCUCCAUAUCAUGUGAUUCAGGGGUUCCAAUCCCCUCCAAAUCAUGUGAUUUAGGUGUUCCAAUCCCCUCCAUAUCAUGUGAUUCAGGUGUUCCAAUACCCUCCAUAUCAUGUGAUCCGGGUGUUCCAAUCCCC